AUGGGAAAAGCAAGAGCAACCACAGCACAAAAGCCCUGUCGCUUGCGUGGCGGCUACCCUGUUUCACCUGGAAGAGGAACCCAAGUGCGGAAGGCAUUGUUCGACGUGCAGACCAACAAGGUAUCUUUACGGGAAGCAGCUAGACAACAUGGGUUUUCUUAUGGUUUUCUUCAGAGGAGGUUGUCUGGUGAAAUUGAUGUUGAUAAGAGGAAGGGGCCCAAUCCUGUUUUUAACCAGGCUGAGAAGGCAGCGAUGUCUUCAUGGCUUCAUGACAUGGCAGAGAGGGGGAUGGGCUUGAAGCCGUACAAGUUCCUUGACUUUAUCCAGGGUGUUAUCAUCAAGGAAAACAAGCCAAAUAGUUUUAAAGACGGUAGGCCUGGUCAUGAUUGGUAUUACGCUUUCAUGGCCAGGAAUGAAGCCAUUCUGCAACCCAGGACUGAGAAAUCACUGGAAAUGUGCCGUACUAAAAUCAACAAGGAAGACACAGAUGUUUGGUAUUCAGGCUUUAGUCAGUUUCUCAGUGAGAAAAACUUACUCAACAAACCUAAGCGUAUCUGGAAUUGCGACGAGACAGGUUUCAGUAUUGGAAGUAUUCCAGGGAAGAUAAUCGGUCCUGUGAAGACUCCUUCAGAUCGCCAACAGAUGCCACACAUAUCUGGGGGACACAGUAAACAAAGAUACACUGUGAUGUUCUGUGGGAAUGCUAGUGGAGAUAUGAUGCUCCCUUUCUUUGUGUUCCCUGAACCAAAGCCAAAGGGUUACAAUCCCAUGACAGAAGGAUUGGAAGGGAGUAGAGCGACGUACACAAAGAAAGACUGGAUGAAUCUAUCAACUUUCAAGUCCUUCAUUUCCUUCUUCGACGAGCAUGCUGGUACAGAGAGGCCAGUUGUCCUACUAAUGGACAGUGUGAGUAGCCACGUCGAUAUCACCGUCUUUCAAUACAAUUACAUUCUUGAAACUGUUCCACAAAAAAUAUUUUAA